UUUUUUAUUUUUGCGUGUUUUUUUGUCAAAUUUUAUCGUGUGGACCUGAAAAAUAAUGAAUAAUUACGUGUCAAUGGAGGAAGAUCAGCUUCCUGCGCCAGUGCGACAGCCAACGAGUAGUGAAGGAGCGGAGUUUCGACCACUUUUGGCUGAUAUAACGUUGUACAAUGAAGACAAAGGCAAAAUUAUGCCGCAUCCAGUGAUAAAACCGGCUGCUAAACCACAAGGAACGCAAGGCAUGUCGUUUAAAGAGUGGAAAAUGAAGCAGGAGCAAGAAUUUAAUGGCAAGCCUACUUUUCAACCUUCUUUCGUCGAAAGUGGUACAAAUGAUGUCCUGUCGGGCGUUAAAAAGCACGUUCGGUUCAAUAAUUUGUCGCAACAAACGCAAUCACUGCCAAUUAUCAAGGAAAAUGCAAUUUUGUCGCCCGUAAUUGAGUCCGCAAAGAGUUUACCUCCGAAUUUGCUGCAAAAUCCCGUGGAACGUGGCAUGGAAUUGAGUAUUUGUGACACUGUGUUGAAGCAACAGCAGCUGGAGGAGCAACAACGAAGAGUUGCCGAGACGCAAAUGAACUUUAAGCCAAUUUUUGCUGGAUUAUAUCAACAGGGAGACGCGAUGCACUUAUUAAAACCAUCGCCGAAGGAAAAUAUCGUGUCGCCGCCUAUGGUAAUGAGUUCUCCCGUACAUCAAUGUGCAUGUCAACAUCACCCCUGCAUGUCAAAUCCGUCUCAAAUGAACGUUUCUCCAUCGCGAAUGAUGAAUUUCCAGCAACAAAGUGUCGCAAUAUCACCGGAAGCGUAUCGAUUGCAGGAAAUGCGCGCAGAUCAACUGGAAAAACGUGUCGAAAAUCUACAGGAACAGCUUUAUCUUUUGCAACAACAAAUGUCCUAUGUCUUACAAUCGAUGCAAACUACCUCAUCAAAUGCGUCUCCCGUGCCAUCGCAACCCCAGAUGAAAUCCUCGAACCCAUUCCUCUCACAAAUGAUCCAAGAAAGCCUCCACGAGGAAAUGACAAAGCCCAAAAUGGUCGAUUCGGCAACGCAAUACACCAUCGUCGAACCCGUGGAGCAAAAAACUCCUUCAGACAAGACCUUUUUCAAUCAAGUGCUCGGACAAGUGAACCAAAUUCUCGAUAAUACGGACGAAAGUAACAACAAUCACAUGGUGGAUAGUCGCGCAUGUAAAUACAUCGAUAGUGAUUCGAGUGCCGUUUCAAUUUACGAAAGGACGAAUCCUUCCCCGAAAACACGCGAUGACAAAAGCAGCAAAAAACCAACGGACAAAAGUACGUUCAUGGACUCGCUCGCAGCGAAAUAUCUCAUGAGCAGUACAAAUGGCAAUGAAACGACGACGACACCGACUCAAGAUUAUACCUUUCGCAAUUCCACGGCAAAAUCGACGUCAACGGGACAACAAGACACGAUAGAUGUGUCGACAACGUGCUACAAUUACCUCAAAAAGUACGAUUUGCUGAAGAAUUAUGCGGAGGACGACGUUAGUAGUACGGGAAAUGUGCUCGAUCCGAAACUGAUAAAACAGAGACAAAUUAAAUUUUGAUACGUAGACAAAAAUGUUAAGGAAUGAUAAUGAUUUAUUACUAUUUACGUUAGGAUUAGUUGAAAUUUGUUAAUUUAUAUUUAAAUAAAUGGAACUUGACAGAGUCAA